GUACUUCAUAUACGCCAUACUUCUUCCUGUUUGAUUCAUGAGCGAAAUAGAUCUUCAUGCUCCUAACUUUAUCACACAUAUAACACCAGAAUCUUGCUGAACCUGUUAUGAUUUGAGAAUAACGUGUUGCAUCAGUGAAUAGUUGGUCUAACUUUUAUUUUUGCUAAACGCUGAUGAGAAAUAAGCUUUCGUAAAGUAAGUUGUCGUGCUAACGUUAGCUGUGCUAGCUACGAUGGCAGCCUCUGAUACCCCAGUGAUCUCUGCUCCUGUUUUAAGCCAAAAGCAGCGCAGGGCUGCCCUAAGGAAAGGGAGAAGGAAACGGAAACGUCAGGCUCUAGCUCAGGCCAGAGACAUUGGUUUAGAAAAUGGAGAAAGUCAUACAUUUGAGGAGGCUGAAGAAGAAGAUGAUGAUGAUGAAGAAGAUGAGACUACUAAGAAGGAAAGACAGCGGCUACAUGAGGAGUGGUUGGAAAGAGAGCGGCUCGCUCAGGAGGAGUUUAAACUUAAAUGUGAGAGGGAAGAAGCUGCAAGGAAAAAAAAAGAAGAGGAGGAGCGGAUGAUAAAAGAGGAGUGGGAGGCCCAGCAGAGAAGAGAGCAAGAAGAAGAAGAGAAGAAGCAGCGGGAGAAGCGAGACAGAGAGGAGGCUGUUCAGAAAAGGUUGGACGAAGCUGAAAGUCAGUUAGAAAAUGGAGGGCCAUGGAUGAACCCUGAGGCUCCAGUGACUGAGAAUUCAGAGAACUACGGCACAGAGCGUGACGUAGCCAACUGUCCAUUCUUCCUUAAGACAGGAGCAUGUCGAUUUGGAGACAGAUGUUCCCGGAAGCAUGAUUAUCCUGCUAGCAGCCCGACUCUGAUGAUCCGUAGUAUGUUUGUAACAUUUGGCAUGGAGCAGUCGCGGCGAGAUGAUUAUGAAAUGGAUGCUGGUUUAGAACACAGUGAGGAGGACCUGCAGGAACACUUCAUUGACUUUUACCAUGACGUGCUGCCGGAGUUCAGGAGUGUUGGCAAGGUGGUGCAGUUCAAGGUUAGCUGCAAUCAUGAGUCACAUUUGAGAGGAAACGUUUACAUUCAGUUUGACACGGAGGAACAGUGUAAAGAGGCUUUCAUCAAGUUUAAUGGGAGGUGGUACGCAGGUCGUCAGCUUCAUUGUGAAUUUUGUCCUGUUACACGGUGGAAGAAUGCCAUAUGUGGGUUGUUUGACAGACAGAAGUGUCCUAAAGGGAAGCACUGUAACUUUCUGCAUGUAUUCCGAAACCCCGGUAACGAAUUCUGGGAAGCGGACAGAGACCUGCACUUGUCACCGGACGCCAGCGUCAGGAGAAGCCGUAGAGACGGGUGGCACUCGGAGCGAUACGGAGACAGAUCGUGGAGGCAGCGUCGCAGCAGCAGAAGCCCGCCACGGUCUGAGAGAUCCCACAGCAGACCAGAGGGAGACCGACGGAGGAGCAGGAGCAGAGACAGGAGAACAUCCCAUCAGCAGAGGGAGGACCAACGGGGGUCCAGGUCCAGAUACAGCGACAGGAGCAGAGCCAGGUAUCGCAGCAGAAGCAGAGACAAGUCGAGGAGUCGAAGUAGAGACAGAGACAGACGGAGGAAGAGGAGCAGAGAUGCAGGCAGGGAGCACAAGUAUAGAAGUGAAAGUAGAGACAGUGGUGGAGAGGACAGCGACGGGUCUGGAAGAAGCGAAAACCAGAGCCCCAAGAAAGACAACAAAAAGGAGAAAACCCCUAAAGUUGAAGGCAGCUCGCAUCGACAUCAUAAACACUCAAAAAAGAGCAAGAAAAAGAGUAAGAAGAAACACAAGAAGAAAAGAGACGAGGGGGCGACUUCAUCUGGGGAAUCUGAAAGGAGAAUCCUUCAAGUCCCAGUCUAGAGAUAAAAGACACAGAGCAGCAUCAGGGAGGAGACGACAGAGACAGCAAGAGCGGUCCGGAAGUAACAAGUGACUGCGCGAACACAGAAAUAAAAACUGAGCCUGGUGAAAAUGGUAACAUUAGUACUUCUUAGCAUUUGCAGUUUUAGUUCAUUUUUUUUCUCCUGUUAAAAAUCUGUGAAUAUAAAAGGAGGAAUAACCUACUGGAUAAAUUACAACCUGUUACCAGUGUGUACAGAUGUUAAAUAUGCUACUGAUGCUACUAUUCUGUCUAUGUUUCAACCAGGGUAACACAUUCUUGCAAGAAUAAAAACAACAUAAACAUCUACAAACUGG